GUCACCUGCUAGAGAUCGAAAAAGACGAUAAUGUCCUUAUCCCUUCCUUCUCGCUACACUUUCUUCUCCAACCCCACUCCUCUCCGCAUCACCAGGACCAACAACCACCUCUGCUUCUCCGUCGCAUCAAUACCAACUUCUCACCGGAAUCCUAUCCUCCUCCUCCGCCACGUCAUCACCUCUCCUCGGUCAAAUCGCGAGAUCGUGAGUGAUCGUAGACCUCACGCUUCUUCUUCUUCUUCAUCACUCGGAUCAUACGAAGAAGAAGAAGAAGACGCCAAUUCCAAUGAUUUCGAUUUCAGCAGCUUCGUUUCCUUCGCGGAGCCUCUUUGUAUCCUCUCCUCCGCCGUGAUCGCAGCCCUUCUCGCGGUGAAUUACUUCGUGGUCGGCGAGAUUGGGAGAAAGGUUCUGUCUUUAGGUUUUGUCGGAUUAUUGGGUUCGGUCGUGUUUGGUUCGUGGCUUAGACGACGGCAAUGGAUUAGGAUUUGCAAAGGAGCGAGAGAAGGCGAAGAGGGGACUAAUCUGAUUCGACGGUUGGAGAAACUCGAAGAGGAUUUAAAAACUUCGACCACUGUUGUUAGAGUUCUGUCCAGACAUCUUGAGAAAUUGGGGAUCCGGUUUCGGGUCACCCGGAAAGCUCUCAAGGAACCUGUUUCUGAGACUGCAGCUUUGGCUCAGAAGAAUUCUGAGGCGACAAGAGUGAUAGCUGCACAACAAGAGAUUCUAGAGAAGGAGCUUGGGGAGAUUCAGAAGGUUCUGCUCGCUAUGCAGGAUCAACAGCGAAAGCAGCUAGAGCUUAUCCUUACUAUUGCAAAGAACGGGAAGAUGUUUGAGAGCACUACUAGUAGUAGUAGUAAGCAAGCGCCUGAUGAAGAGAAAGAUAAGAUAGCAGAAGAACAACCCUCAACAUCCAAAAUCCAAACAGAUACUCUAUCAAUAACCGGCUAA